ACGCCGGCCUCGGCUGCGUCCCCUCGCAGGCAGCGAUGUCGGAGAGCGCGGCCGAGGCGCAGGGAGACGAGAGCCCCGCGGCACGCAGCGAGACGGGCACCAGCCAUGAGCUCCUGCAGCGGCUGCGGGAGCUGGAGGCGGAGAACUCGGCCUUGGCCCAGGCCAACGAGAACCAGCGGGAGACCUACGAGCGCUGCCUGGAUGAGGUCGCCAACCACGUGGUACAGGCACUGCUCAACCAGAAGGACCUGCGUGAGGAGUGCAUCAAGCUGAAGAAGCGCGUCUUCGACCUGGAGCGCCAGAACCAGGCGCUGAGCGACCUCUUCCAGCAGAAGCUGCAGCUCUCGGCCGGAUCCCUGCCCCAGCUGCCGCUGCACCCGGUGCCGGUGUCCCUGGAUGCUCCGGGCAGCCCCCAGCUGGGCUCCACCGAGCAGCCCCCCGCCUUGCUGCCCCCGGGCUGCUGUGCCCCCCCAGGUGACAGUGCCCUGUCCCCGCAGGCCACCCCGGUGGGACCCUCGGGCAGCCCCGUGCUCAGCCCUGGCGCCCCCUCCCUGGACGCCCUCUCCCCCUUCUUCAAGAAGAAAGCGCAGAUCCUGGAGGUGUUGCGCAAGCUGGAGGAGACGGACCCGCUGCUGGGACCCCCCUCGGGUCCCCCCCACGCCCAGGGGCCCCCCGACUCCCCCUGCUCCCCCGAACCCCGGGCUGGGGCCGACGCACCGGGCUGGGCCCCCUGCCCGCUGCGGGGCCUGGGGGCGGCUGCGGGGUGGCGGGGGGCCGAGGGCAGCCCCUGUUCGUCGCCAGAGGAGGCCGCCCCGCCGCGGGGGGCUCUGCUCAGCGCCUUGGCCGAGCGGCUGCUGCGGGGGGACGGGGGGUGCUGCCGCCUCAACGGCGAGGCUCCGGGCCCCCCCCGGCAGCGUGGCGGCGGCGGCCCCGAGCACCCCGCUUUCCUGGGGCUGUACGCCCCGUGUGAGGAGAGCCCCGAGGGCGGCUUCGCCCCGCUUUCCCCCCGCCUGGGGCUGCCUUCACCCGGGGGGGGGGCGCCCCCCUUGACCUCCCCUUCCAAGGUGCUCAAGGCGCUGAAGCUGCCGGGCCCCCCCGGGGCGCUGCGCCUCAGCCCCCAGCUCGCCCGCGCCUCCAAGAUCCCCUGCCGCAGCAGCAACCCCGAGGCCUCGCCGGUGCUCAGCCGCCGCGCAUCCCCCGACGCCCCCCCCGAGCCGGGCUCCCCCGAGCCCCCGGGUUUCCCCCUGCCUCACGCUUACGAGGCAGCCGAGCAGCCCCUGGGGCCACUGCCGGCGGGACCCCCCGCCGGCUCGGCCCCCUCCCGCCGCCCUGGCAAGAAGCCCCCCGAGCCGGGCUACCUGCCCUUCAAGGAGCGCCUGGCUGCCCUGGGCAAGCUGCGGGGCGCUGACAGCCGACCCCGCCGCGCGCCCCCCCCGCCGCCUCCCGCCAAGGCUGCCCGCAGCCCCCACGGCAGCCCCACCAAGCUGCCCACCAAGGCGGCCGGCAAAACCGGGGGGCCCCGGGGCGAGGAGCCCAAGGCGGCUCCGGCGGCGGCGGCGGCAGCGGGGGCCGCCAAGGCAGCCGGGGGUCCCCGCAAGGCACCGCCUGGCCCCGAAGCCCUCGGCGCGGGGUCCGCGGCGGGCGCUGCCGGGCAUUCGGCCAUCGAGGAGAAGGUGAUGAAGGGCAUCGAGGAGAACGUGCUGCGGCUGCAGGGCCAGGAGCGGGCGCCGGCGGCGGAGGUCAAGGUCAAGCCGGCCGGAGGCUUGGCCAGCUGGUUCGGGCUGCGGCGCAGCAAGCUGCCGGCGCUCAGCCGCCGCGCCGAGGGCGCCCGGGGCCGGGAAUGGUCCGGGGCACCGGCACCCCUGCGGCGCGAGGUGAAGCUGGCCGCCCGCAAACUGGAGGCCGAGAGCCUCAACAUCUCCAAGCUGAUGGAGAAGGCGGAGGACCUGCGCAAGGCGCUGCAGGAGGAGCAGGCCUUCCUCCACGGGCUGGCGUUGGACAAGGGACGGCCCCGGGCCCGCGGUCCCGGUCCUGAGCGCAGCCCCGGGCAGCUCCAGGUGAUGUACCAGGAGGUGACGGCCGAGAACUUCAUGCAGCAGCUGCUCAACAGGGUGGACGGGAAGGACGUGUCCUACGAGAGCCGCCUGGAGCACAAGCGGGACCUGUGUGACUUCCAGCGGGUCUCCCCCGACGCCAAAGACCCCCGGCUCUGCCGGCCGCCCCGGAACGGGAUCGUGGGCCACCUGCGGGGCUGCCAGGAGCCCCCGGACAAGGUUGGGACCCCCCCGGGGCUGCGGGACGAGCUGCCGUCGGACGAGAGCUUGUCCGAAUCGGGGACGUCGCAGCACUUCGCAGCGUGCGGGUCGCUGACGCGGACACUGGACAGCGGCAUCGGGACCUUCCCGCCCCCGGAUUAUGGGGGGGCCCCCGCUAAAAGCGCCCCGAAGCCCCGCGGGCGCCCGGAGCCCCUGCCCGGCGCCGCGCCGGCGCGGCCGGCAGCCCUCACCAAAGUGCCGCGCAAGGCUCGCACGCUGGAGCGGGAGGUGCCCAGCGUGGAGGAGCUGCUGGUGCCCGGCAAGCACCGGAGCGUGGCCCCCUCCCGUGCCACCGCCCCCCCCAGCGCUCACAGCCACCGGGGCUGUCCCCAAGACGCCGAUGCCGAGAAGCCGCGGCGCGUCCAGCAGAGCAAGAACUGGACCUUCCCCAACGCCAAAGCCUGCGGAGCCACCGACCCCUUCCUCUGCCCCCCCGGGGGGCUGGAGGGGCUGCACCAGCCUGCGCUGGCACCCGUGUGCAGCCCCGCCGGGCACCGUGGGGCAUCCCCGGAGGCCCCCCCGCCGCUGCCCCCCGCUCUCAGCGCCUGCAGCAGCCGCACGCCCAGCGCCUCGGACGUGGGGGACGAGGGCAGCACCGAGGCUCGGUCGCGGGACGCCGGCUGCGGCCCCCCCGGGAUGGAGCACUCGGAGUCGCUCAGCGACUCGCUCUACGACAGCCUCUCCUCCUGCGGCAGCCAGGGCUGA